UUCUUGACUUCACAAUGAAACAGUUGGAAUUACCUGAUGCAGCACUCAGUUUUUAUGGCCUUCUGGUGACUCAUCUGGAGUAACGUUGGGAUCCCAAUAUUCUUUAGAUCGGAAUGAAUAAUGUGACCCUAUGUUCGUGUGCUUUAAAACUCCGAAACCCAAGUCUUCAAAGGCGCUUAGAAUAAGAAGUGCGUUACAUAUGGGGCGCAAGAAGGCUUCCCGACAAGAUCAGUCAAGAAGUUCUAACUCACAGCUUUCCUCUCGUGAGAAUGUAAAGGAAGCACAUGCAAACGAAAGUUCAACAGUUUCUAGUGAAGUCAAUUUGCCUGAUUCCGAUGUUACAGACGGUCCCGAAACAAUUGACGUUCUUGGAAACGGUCUUAUUAUCAAAAAAACAUUGCAAAAGGGUCUUGGGCGAGAAACCCGCCCAAACCAUGGUGAUUCUGUGUUGGUGAACUAUAAAUGCUGGUUGGAAGAUGGGACACUUAUUGAGGAAGCUGAAAAUGCUGAAAUAGUUCUUGGCGACGGUGAUGUCAUACAUGCUUUUGACCUUGCCAUUCCGCUUGCCGAGCACAAAGAAGUGUUUGAGUUGGUGACAGAUUCUCGAUUUGCAUAUGGAUCCCGCGGACGAGACCCAGAUAUUCCGUCAGAAGCCAAAUUAACUUAUCGUAUCGAAGUUUUAAAGGUGGACGAUCCUCCUUGUUACAGUACUAUGUCCACUUCGGAAAGACUUGAGGCCGCUAAUCGAAAGAAGGAUCGAGGAAAUUAUUAUUACAGGAGAGAAGAGUUCGCUUUCGCGAUUGAUAGUUAUAACAAAGCGCUGAAAAUUUUAACCCUGCCUCCUAUUCCCUCACAGUCUUCAAGUACCAAAGCUACAGAGACUGACUGUCCAUCAGAGCUCAUCAAUGACGCAAAAAUCAAGUUAGAGAAUAAUCUGGCAGCUGCUCAGUUAAAGGUCCAAGCGUAUGAUGCAGCUAUAAUGUCAUGCGAUGCUGUUUUACAAAGUGAUCCACAGAAUAUUAAAGCUCUAUUUAGGAAAGGAAAGGCACUUUUAGAAAUGAAUGAAGUGGACGAUGCAAUUCCUAUCCUUCAGAAAGUGUUAACUCUAGCCCCAGGUUCCCAGAUGGCUAGUGUGGAGUUGGCACGUGCUCGAGCUAUACGUCAGAAAGAACGCGAACAUUUAUCAAGAUCAGUUAGUCGCCGAUUUCCAAAACUUAAACAAAAUAAGACGCCCAAAUUGUCUGCUAUGUCCAAAGUUAAACAGGUAGUGAGCUCUCGGUCUGUGAUUGUAACAAGUAUUGUGGCAGUCCUUUCCGUCUUUGUCGGUCUAGUUGUAUACAUAUAUCAACCUGUCCUUAUGGGUAUGAGCGCAUAAUAACCACAACAGAAAACAAUUUCUUCACUUGUAGUUUUAUUGCAUUAUUAAAUGAUGAAGUGUACAUUAUGAAUUGAAGGUGUGUAUAAUAUUAUAUAUAUACAUAUAUAUAUAUCUUUAUUAUUUACUACUAAUCUUAUCAACAUAACUGAUUUCAAGCACAAAAUUGUUUACUUUGAAAUCUUACGUUUUAUAUUCUUAUAUCGUUGUCAUUUCUUUUCUUUAGGCGAACGUUUAUUUGUUUGAGUUGAUGAUGAUUAUGAUGUUUACUACUCCUGUUUAUCGAUCUCUUUUUUCCCUACCUAUCUUUUUUUGUUAAAACUUAUGACCUUAUGACUUAUUAGGGAAUGUGAACAUUUCACCUCACCUUGUGUGUGUGUGUGUAUGUAGCAUUAUUAUGUUCAAGCAAACACAAACACAUCUGUGACACGUAUUGAGACAGAAUUUUUUUAUAUUACUCACAAUAUGUAAUGUAAUAUGGUUCUUUCUCCACUUUGUUGUUUUUUUCCUUUUUAUUGUUUUAAUAGUUAAUUACUGUAUUAUUCACCAAAUAUUUGAAUUGCAUGAUUUCAAUUUUUUUUUCCUGUUUGAUUUUGUUUGUUUGAAAUAAUAAAUGGUUUUUAUCUUCAGCAAAUGGAUUAUUUGCUCUCU